AUGGCUUUCCUCAUCAGAUUCCUCGCCGCAGCUGUCUCGGCUUGCGCCAUCGUCACCUCGUCGGCCGCGGCACUGUGGCCGUUCGCCGCCCGACUGCAAGCAGACAAGUCGUCAGAGAGCAACAACUGCUGGGACUCGCUGUUCGAGCUGCAGUCGUGCACGGGGGAAGUCAUCACCUUCUUCCUCAACGGUGAGACCUUCCUCAGAGCCGACUGCUGCCGCGUCGUGCACACCAUCGAGCACCGCUGCAGGCCCUCCAUGCUCGAUUCCCUCGGCUUCACCGCCAAAGAGGAAGACAUCCUCCACGACUACUGCGACGCUGAGGAAGAAGACGACGACCAUCUCCGCCCGCCGCCUGAGAGGGAGACAUCCUCCACGACUACAGCCAACAUUCCUUAA